GCGGCGCCCUUCGCCAACAUGUCGACGCGCGACGAGAGGCGCCCGGGGGCGCGGCUGCUGGUGCGGUUCGUCGGAGAUGAGUGGACCCAUGAGCGGGUGCUGCUCUGGCCGGUCCAUCUGGACCGCAGGCACGAGUGCUGGGUCAUCGAGAGCGCGGACGGCGACCGCUACGUGGAGCGUCGGGCCGACUGGGUCUGGCACGUGUCGCUGCUCCACGGCUGGCCCGAGAAUUUCAGGGGCAACGUGGUCAGUUUCCGCGACGAGAUCGACCGCGAGACGCUGCGGAAGAUGGUGCUGGAGGGAGCCGACGAGCAUGCGGACUGGCACGGCGACGAGUGCGGCCUGGACAUCGGCGUGCUGGAGGCCGCGCGGCGGCGCCUGCGGGGCAAGCGGCCUUUGGCCACGGGCGCUCGGGUCCCCGAGUCACCCGGGGACGAGGCUGCUAGCCGGCCCGUCCUAGCGCCCCCGCCGCUGGAAGGUGAGGAGUCGGUGCUGCUGGUGGCGGAGGUGCAGGCAGGCGGCGGUUUCCGGUUGGGCGACGAGGUGGCGCCGGACCCCGAGGACGUCCAGGCGGGGCCGAAGGUGAUCGCGCGGCGGCCCGACGGCCGGCCGGUGCUUUGCGAGCGGGCGCCGGUCUCCGAGGUCGAGGGGUGGCGGGCCCAGGCAUUUGACAACGCCGGGCGGAUGGCCGCUCCCUUGCCGGCCCCGUUGGCCCCGCCGCCAGCCGAGGAGGCCGGACGGCCCAGCCCCUUUGACCUCCGCGAGGCGCUGGCCGACCGGCCGCGCGAGGAGGCCCUGGACGGGUGCGAGCUGCGCGGGGCCGGCACGGCCCUCCACCUCUGCCAUCGGUUCACGCAGCACGGCAGCGACCCCAAGACGUGGAUGAACAACUUCUGCCGCGAGUACGGCGUGAGUCAGCGUGACCGGACAUGGCACGAGUUGAACUGUCUGGUCACGAUCUUCUGGCUGGCCGCGACGUUCGACGCGCUGAACCUAGGCGGGCUGGCGUGUCUGGAGGUGGCGGCCCGCCGAGUGGCCCAGAUCAGCGAGGCCUAUCGCGUGGCUCCUGGUCAGCCGGCCGCGUGGGAGGCAGGCAGGUUCCUGGCGGGGACGAGUGACCCCUUCGACGUGGCGUCGCCCGAGCUCCGCAACUUCGCGAAUCGGGCGGCUCGCGACGAGUCCGAGCGGCUCGCUGCCCUGGGACGCAGUCGAGCGUUGGGGCUUGGCAGCCGCGGAGCUGGCGGUGCCGACGAGGUGGCGGGCGCGCUGGAGACAGGCGGCCUGCCCCGCGCUGGGGCAGAUGACGGCGGCGAGGGCGGUGGCGGUCGCGGUCGCGGGCGGAAGACCAAGCCCGGCGAGUCGACAGCCACGCGCGGCGGCCAGGUCUACCCUGUCCCAGGGCUGCGCGAGCUGGACGCCGACGUCGCUUCCCGCCUUGGACGUCGCGAUCGGCCACGAGUUCGGCGGCUGGCGAACGAGGGCUUGUCCAGCCUAAAUUGGAUGCAUGGCGCUGAUCGGCGGCCGCCCCCGGCGGCGCCCAGCUGGGCCACGCGCUGCCGCGUGGCGGAGCUGCAGCAUGAGACGCAGCGACGGGCCCAACUCCUGGCGGCGAGCUGGGGCGGCCCGGACAGCGCGGAGGAUUCGCAGCAGUGCUUGGCGCGCCUGCUGCGGGGCCGAGGCGUGGACCUCGUCAGCGGGGACGGCCUCAGCCGCGUCGAGCGGGAGUGGCCGCCGGGCGACGGCGAGUCGGGGGAGGCCAACGCGGCGCUGGCGGGCCUCGACACCUGGCUCGGAGUCAGCGACGCGAAGGACUGCUUCCACCGGCUGCUGCUGGAGGACGGCCCGGGCCUGCAGGAGCACUUCGGGCGCCCUCCCCUGCGGGCCGCCGACCUUCGGCUGACGGAGCUGGACGGCGCUCGGCUGGCGCCGAGCACGCUGGCCCACCCGCUUGCGCGGGCGCUGCCGAUGGACUGGGCCUGGUCGCUGUUCUUCGCGCAGUCGGCCAACUCGUACCGCAUGCUGAAGGUGCCCUCCUUGCAGGGCGCGCUCGUCGUGACUGGCCGCGGGCCUCCCCUCAUCCUGGAUCGCCCGAGCUCCAUGGGCCACUACACCUACGUGGACAACAUGGGGGUGCUGGGCACGACCGAGGGCGCGGUCCGCCGGGGCCUUGCGGGGGCCAUCUCGUCCUUCGGCGGGGUCGGCCUCGAGGUCCAUGAGACCGCCGUGACGAUUGAGGGUGGCGAGUCGGACGCCUCCCUCAAUGGCUUCGGGCUGGCCUACUCGGUGCGGGACCCGAAGGGCACGGGGCGCGUGGGCCGCGUGACAGAGCGGUCGCGCCACCGCCUGGGUGCCGAGGCGGCGCGGCAACGCGCCGUGGAGGCCGCGGGGCUGCAGGUGCUGGCCGACGGGGCCGUCGACCCGCCCGAGGCCUGGCCGCCAGGCAUCCCCGAGGAGGAGGUAGCGCGCUGGAGUGUCGACCCCGACUUCGAGGAGGUGCCCGCGGAAUUGCUGCACCGCGAUCGCUGGCGGACGGUUUUGGCCGAUCGCGGGGCCUUCGACGAGGGGAUCGUGCACCUCGAGGGCCGGGCUGCGGUGAAGGCCGUGGAGCGCGCGGCCGGCUCGCGCGCAGGGCGGGGCGGCCGGGUCCUUCUGCUGGGGGACAACAUGGCCGUGACCCUCGCCUUUUCGCGCUCGCGGGCCCGCGACUUCAAGCUGCCGACGAUGAUUCGGCGGACGGCCGCGUGUGCCUCCGCGCGCGGCCUGCGGUUCAGUUAUAGGGAUUCGGCCGCCGAGCCGGGCGGCGCGGGCGAGGGUGCUGACGCGGGGUCUGCUGGCACAGGGCCCCGCGCCGAGCCAGCCAGCGGCGCAGGGGGCGCAGACGGGGCCGCCAGGGCUGCCGCCGGGCUGCGCGAGGGGCCGCCGGGCGGCCUCGCGGAGCCGCAGCGCCCGCAGACAGAGUGGGGCCGCGCGGCGGCCAACCUCUUCCGCGACGCCAAGGCCGCGGCCGCGACCGCCGCUGCCGCCGAGGGCGACAGCGAGAGCAGCUGCGAGGAGGAGCUGCCAAGCCGGGGGUCGGCGCAGGCCGAUGCCCGCCGCGCCGCGGCGCGGGCGCGGCGCAUGGCCUUCGAGGAGCUGCCGCCGGGCCUGACUUACUUGGAGGCCCACAGCGCGAAGGCGGCCACGCGGGCUCGGUACCAGACGCACGUCGGCAAGCUGGUGGCCUACGCGGACAAGAUCUCGGCCCCCCUCGGCGCGGAUGCCGAGGUCGACGAUUGCAUCGCGCGCUGGAUAAACGACGAGUUCCGCGCGGGCCGCCGGGCCUGGCGCGGCGAGAGCAUGCUGGCGUCGGCGAUGUUCGUGUUCCCGGCCUUCAGCCGCAACGGAUGGAGGAAGCCCCCCCGGGCUUUCCGCUGCCUGAAAGGCUGGCGGGCCCUCGGCCCGCCCAUGGGCCGGAGGCCGCUGCCGUGGCCCAUGUGGGCCGCCCUGGCGCUGCAGCUGAUGCGCAUGGGGUUCGGGCUCGCCGCGGUCGCGGUCCUCGUGAUGGUGGAGGCCUACCUGCGGCCGUCGGAGCUCCUGUCGCUCCAGCGCCGGUCGCUCCUGCCUCCGGCCCGCGGCGGGCUGACCAGGUGGGGCCUUCUCCUUUUCCCCGGCCGCGCGGACGUGGCGAGGAGCAAGACAGGGGAGGCGGACGACACGGUGGUGAUGGACUCGACUCGGACGCCCUGGCUGGACCACGUGUUCGAGCAUCUCAGCCAGGGGCCGGGCGAAGAGCGGAUCUUUCCUUGGGACUACAGCCAGUUCUACCAGAUGUUCGCGCAGGCUGCCUCGGCCCUCGGCUACGCGAUGGCGCCGUGCCAGGGCCGCCACAGCGGGAUCUCGAUCGAUCGAGCUCACCGCGAGCGCAGCCAAGAUGAGUGCAUGAAGAGAGGCCGAUGGCGAGCGGCCAAGAGCGUUGCCCGCUACGAGAAGGCGGGCAGGCUCAACGACGCCUGGCGGGAGCUCAGCGCGGAGCAGCAGGCCCACGCCCUCGACUGCGAGCGCCUGCUCGAGGACGGCGCUGGCCGAGUGGCCGCGGCGGCGCGGCGCGUCGGGCACUGCUCGCGGGAGUGGGACAUCAAGGCCGGCCCCGCGGGCAACGUGCUGCGCCGGUGCGUGGAGGCCGGGCUACGCGCGAGCAUCCUCGCUGGCCUGGUGCUGGCCGUGAUGCUGGCCCCGCCCUGCACCUCUUUCUCAGUGGUGCAGAAUGUCAAUGUGCCGCUGCGCAGUAGAGA